AUGACCGAAUUCAAGAAGUUGACGACGCUAACUGAGACUCUCACUGAGUAUGUGCUUGCUUUAAAGGCGUGCUGCACAGGUGGUGACCAUUAUGACUGCAGCGAGAGUGUGGUCGGUGAUGUUGACUCCCAUCUACCUGUUUGUGAUGCUGAGCACAUGCACCUACUCUCAAGCCAAAUUCGCGAGGCCGUCGCUGAUGGUUUACCAAGGCUACGGAAAAUUGUACUGAAGGCACGGGAGACAGAUCCAAAUAGGCAAAUCUACAAUGAAGCGAUGUGUGCAAAGAUUGAAGCACUGUUUCUUGCGUUCUGCAGACCCCUUCAGGUUUUAGCGCCUGACUAUUUUGAUGCCCUAACGGAAAAUGACGCAUCUCUGCAUGAGGAUGGAAAAGAGAACAACCUAUUGGACGGUUUGCUUGAUUCAGACUUCGAUCCCAAUGUACUCUUGGAGGAGUCAGCGUCUUUACAGGCGGCGGAUAGCAUUCACAAUCACUACAUACUACAGCGUGCAAAGGCGGAGGCCUGGCAGUCGCGUGUAGCACAGGGGUUGACAGAUGCAGUCGCAUUUGAAUCUCAAAAUCGUGCACUUAUUUUGGCUGAGGAGAAGGUCAGUCGAGUAGCUGCGCUUGAGGAAAAACGAGCCGACAAACUACGCGUCCUGAAUAUAAUGGAGGUGCGCGCAGAGUUAAAGUGGCAAACUGAACUGCAGCGCAGAGGUACAGAGCUAAGUCUCCUCAAAAUGGCCGCUGAUGCUAUCAGCGACGUCGAUGCAGUCCCCCUUUUCCUAGCCAACAGCAUAUUGGACGAGGCUCUUCGAACUACGAUCGCAGAUCAUACUCGCCAACUCAUCAAGGCCCUAUUGAGUACUCCAGAGGAUAUGAACAUUCGUCGACUGCGAAAUAACAACGAGAAUCUCAUCUGUGACUAUGGCCACCCGUGCUUGAGUGCAUUCCACCCUGAGACUGGAGAGCGGUGCGUUUGCCAGGCAGUCGUUUGUGCAGCUGAGGUGCUGUGGUACCGCAUGGGAUAUACUAUCCGCUACACAAAGGUACCUAAUCGCUUCCUCGACGUGGCGAGAGGUGAAGCCAGGGCCCGCUCCUUGCGCCUUCCGUGUGGGCGAAGCUUGUCAGAACACACCUAUGAGCCAAUGGGCUUUGAAGACUAUUCGGAACGGCUCUUCGAACUUGUGGAGCCGGAUGCAGUGGAGCGAGCGGACGAAUGGAUAGAGUGGUAUACCAUGAUUCAGCGCAUGGAGUCGACACUAGCCAGCAUGUUACCCAGAUCGUAUCGAUAG